AUGCCCUUGAACCAAGACCAAACAACUAUUAGAACCCUCCAACUGAAAAACCCAUCCCUAAGAUUCAUCCGCUUCCAAUGGCAAGACUACUCCGGAAUCCUACGAAGCCGCACAGUCCCCAUCCACCACUGCCUCCGUCUAGCAAAGGAAAAGAAAUCCAUUGAAGUUCCACCCACCACAUUCGAAUCUAUACUCGACAAUACGCUUAUUCCCAACCAUAGCCCGACGGGGGCGGACUACCUUUUUCCAUACUGGGACAGCGCCCGUACCAGUGCGCAGAGCAUCAUCUCGGAGGAUCCAUAUGCUACUGUGAUAUGUGAGGUGGUGCGAAUAAGGCCCGCGAGCCUAGACCCUCAGCUCGAUCUGUGUCCACGGCGGGCGCUGGCGAAGGUAAUGCAUAAAGCUAUGGACGGCCAUGGUUUGAGCUUUCUUGUGGGAUUUGAGGUUGAGUUUGAGGUUAUGAAAGUCUCGCUAGAUGGAAACGAGAUUAUCCCAUACAGUACUAAUCCGGAACGGCUCGCCAUCGCGGGACAAGACCCAUGCUUCAUGCAUGUGGAGGAAUGUAUUUGUGAGCUACAGCAUGCUGGUGUCGACAUCGAGGGUUUUCAACCUAAAGGCCGUGGCGGCCAGUACCAAAUCUCCCUCCAUCCCCAGCCACCUCUACAAGCUGUCGACGAACUAAUACUGGUCCACGACCGCAUAAAGCGAGUCUUCACUAAACACGGGUACAUAGCAACCAUGUGUCCCAACCCAGUAGCAGCUCGGCAACAAGCAACAAGCCAGCGCACGCAUAUCUCUAUCACCCCACCACAAGCAGAAUCCUUCUUCCUAGCCGGCAUACUCAAACACCUGCAAGCGCUCUGCGCAUUCAGUUUACCAUAUGACCUUCCCUACAAACACGAGCAACUCAACAGCGAGAUUGUUGCCUGGGGUUCACAGAACUGGGAAGCCCCUAUCCGCAAAAUCAAUACCGGUCAUUGGGAUAUUCGGUGUGUCGACGCAACAACUAACAUGUAUCUCACGCUGGCCGCCUUCCUGGGUGCUGGCCUCUCGGGAAUACAGAACCAGGAACCCCUGGUUUGGCCGGAUAUUAGCACUCCUGAACCUUCGAAUGCUGUGAAAGCGAAUUCUACUGCGUAUCUGCCGAGCAGUUUGGAGGAUGCGUUGUGCUUCCUUGAGGCGGAGGCGGAUGAGAUGGAGGAGGUUAUGGAAAGCAAGAUCGUCCACCGUUACGUAGCGCUUAAACGGUUUGAAUCAUUGCGCAUGAGGCAGGAUCUGGAGGAUGCAAGGAGGUUACAUGUUGAGGUGUUUUAG